GUGUAACUUUGAAAAUGUGCCAGAAAGUUUAAAAACUCCCUCCUCUGCUCCCCCGCCCAUCCUCCUCUCCCUCCCUCCCGCUCUCUCUCCUGCCGCUUCAUUCCAGACACCAGCAAAAGCAGGAGGGAGAGACGGAUUCCUCAUUCCGGCGCCUCCUCUCCAAACCCAAUUCUGUGCAGAAGACAAUCUUGGGACGAACGAGAGAAGGAGGGAGAAGCCACCUUCUGCCUUUGCGUUUGCGUGCAAAGAAAAGCCUGUGACCUGCGUGAGGAAAAAGACAGCGGGGCAGCUGCAAGAGGAGGCGCUCCUGCUGGCUGGCUUUUUGUCCGGCAGCCCUCCCAGCCCACCGGCGCUCUGAGCGGGAUCUCCCUGGCUUGUGCUCCCGCCGCGAUGCGCCUCCUCUCCCGGCUGCCGGUCCUCUUGGGUCUUGCUCAGCUGCAGGCGUGCGUCUACUGGAGCUGCCUGCUGUGGAUGCCGGCGGGCGGGCUGCCGCCGAGGAACCCGCCGCCGCCCCUCCCUCCCGCUGUGUGGAGGCAAAGGAUUCAAUGGGAGAACAACGGGCAGGUGUACAGCCUCCUCAGCGUGGGCUCCCAGUACCAACCCCCUCGGCGUCGGCAUAGCGAGGAGCCCGCGCAGAGAGGCCACGUUUUGCUCCUCAGGGGCAACAGCACCACCCCGCGCAGACCUCAAGGGGCUGCUGCGGACGGAGGCACCGUCACCGCCAGAAGGCCGGCGGAGGCGCGACACUGGUUCCAAGCCGGCUACCAGCAGCCACCCAGCAAUAAUGGCGGCGGGGAGAGGGGACGGAGCACUGAAGCCGCCGGCAGAUCGCCCGGAGCGCCCCGGGGGAGCCUCCUCGAGAGCGCUUCCUCCAGGCCGGGCAACGGGAGCGGCCCACCUUCUCCGAGCAAUCUUCCACCGCCGCGUCGCGAAGACAGCAUGGUGGGAGACGACCCCUACAACCCUUAUAAGUACACAGACGACAACCCUUAUUAUAACUAUUAUGACACUUAUGAGCGGCCUCGACAGAACAGCCCCUACCGGCCCGGUUACGGCACUAGCUAUUUUCAGUACGGUCUUCCAGACUUAGUGCCCGAUCCCUACUACAUCCAGGCAUCCACAUACGUCCAGAGGACAUCCAUGUACAACCUGAGGUGUGCUGCUGAAGAAAAUUGCCUAGCAAGCUCAGCUUACAGGUCAGAUGUCAGAGACUAUGAUAGCCGAAUGCUUCUGAGAUUCCCUCAGAGAGUGAAAAACCAAGGCACAUCAGAUUUUCUACCAAGCAGACCACGAUACUCAUGGGAGUGGCACAGCUGUCAUCAACAUUACCACAGUAUGGAUGAAUUCAGCCAUUAUGACUUGCUUGAAGCAAGCUCCCAGAGGAGAGUAGCUGAAGGACACAAAGCAAGUUUUUGUCUCGAAGAUACUUCUUGCGAUUAUGGAUACUAUAGGCGAUUUGCAUGUACGGCACAUACACAGGGACUGAGUCCUGGGUGUUAUGACACAUACAAUGCUGACAUAGACUGCCAAUGGAUUGAUAUUACAGAUGUAAAACCUGGAAAUUACAUUUUAAAGGUUAGUGUAAACCCAAGCUACUUGGUACCAGAAUCAGACUACUCCAACAAUGUAGUACGUUGCGAUAUCCGCUAUACAGGUAACCAUGCAUAUGCAUCUGGUUGCACAAUUUCUCCAUAUUAAGAUGAAAGAAAAAAUAUGCAUCAGUGCCCAAGGUUUUGAGAUGAAAUUAGUUUAUAAACUGAGACAGGAUGUAAAAACUUCUGAAAACUAAAAAAGGACCAGAGUAUAUACAAUGAAUUUUAAUACGACUGAAGUAUUAAGACCUUCUUCAGAAUGAAUUUUGUUGCUCAAUUCAUGCGUUCAGCGUUUGAGGACAGUGGAAGAUUGGUGCUUUAUACACAGAAUUUCAAAUUCUACAAGAAGUUAACCCAUUCACAGAAAUGCCUUGUCUUUGACUGCUGGAAAUCAGUACAGUAUUUGUGAAUGAGCUUAAGGAACAAUUUAAAGGGUGUUCAUAUAGGCUGAGAUCCAAAGAGCUACUUUAGGUUUCAUCUGAAGGUUCAUGUAUGCCCAAUGGGAUCUUACACAUUUUAUUUUGAACAGCAGACACACCCACCCACUCCAUAUCACAAAACUACUUCUGACAUUCUCUUCCCCUUUGGAUGUUUCUUGCUGUAUGGCAAGGGGGCAUGGCACUGCUGUCCAAAGCCUUUUUGGGGUCAUAGAGUUAAUUUCACAAUUCUUUGGUUUGCAGCCAUAUAAUACAUAAAAAUGAGGAGGAGGAAAGAUCAGUGGUCAUGGGGCAAAAUCUGGACCCGCUGGGAAAAAAUGAAGUUCCAUUGGAACUAAAAAACCUAGCUUGAUACGUUUCUAUCCUUGGGACAAAAUGUAUUGUUCACAUUAAGAACGGUUAAUACUUAGUGUGUAGCAGUGCCUGUUAAUUACAUCUUUUCAUAUGAAAGGUAUUUACAUUUUAAAAGUAUUAGCAGGAAAGCAUCUUCUUAAACCCAAAGUAUAUUGAUAUUUUGACACAAGCUGUUUCUCAGAAUUAUGGAACACUGAGUUGCCCAUUUCCAAUGCUUGUUAAAGAUUGCUUUGCAUAUUUUCUUUCCUUCUGUAUAGCUCUAAAGAUUUUCAAUUACAAGUAUCAAGAAACUAUUCCCCAUUGAUAGAACUGGAGUAACUUGGAUUAAAGCUGAUAUAUACACUUGGCAGAACAAUUGGACUAUUUUCAAAGUUGACAUUGCCCAAUAUAUUCCAUUAUUUAGGGGAAAUUUAAAUUUAAUUUGGUUAGAUAAACAGAUAACAAUAUAAUCUAGUGGCAUCACAAAACAAGUCUUAUUUGUGAGGAGGGGGCUAAUGUAUGUUCUCCAUGAACACCGACUUUUAAACUGUUUAGGCACUUAGAAAGAAUGAAGUUUAAAAAAUUAUACUAACAUAAACUGAGUAGGCAGCAUAGUAAAUAAUACAGUAUUAUAUGAUAAUACCUGACAUGCAAGAUAGGACUACUAGUAGUUCAAGAGCCAAAUUUGUAAAUAAUCCAAGUUAAAAAAAUACAACUCCAAAUUGACAAUUGGUUGUUUAGGUAGAAGAAUUAUACCUCCUUUUGAUAAAACCCAAUUAAUGAAAUAGAUGAGGGUUCCCCCCCCCAAAAAACUGUGAAAUAAUUUCUAAUGGAGUCUUCCUUCCCACUACCAGCUUUCUGAAAGUCCCUAUAAAUAUUCAGUUGUUGGCUAUGCUUUGUUAGCUGUUGACAUCAAAAUUGCUGCACUUUGAGUGUAUUCCAUAUAUUAAAUACUGUAUGUAAAAAGUGAUACGCUAGAUGUGGGGAAUAUAAGGUCAUUUUCAAUCAUUGGAGGUAUAUGAUGGCUUGGAACAAUAUGCAAUUUUAGACCAAGAGUCAUCCAGACAACCUCCUCUGCUCCAUUAGUACUAGAAUUUGUUUAGUAUGUUUAAAUCAAAUGUUUGUCUUAUCUGGGGCAACAAGCCCAUCAUACUUUCUGUCUAGCCUGACAAGACCUGUUUCCCCCUUGCAGCUUGACAGUGCUUACCUCUUAUCUUUGAUAGCUCUCAAGGAUGUUGAACUAUCAUUCCUGGUCACCAUAUGCCAACAUUACACAUGAACAUACAACAUUUCAUUUGUCAACAACUAUAUUGUCUACACGAUAUACAUUCAAGCUACCAUGCCUGCCUAUAUGUAGGGUUUUUUUUUUUUUUUUAGUGUAUUAGCACCAGGAACAAUUGUGGCUGGUAUUGGGGAGCCAGUGACUACUGAGAGAAACAGGGGCUCAGGAAAGCUGAUGGCCCUAUGGUGGCAGCUCAAAGAGGUAGGAGUGGCCUACUUGCUGCAGUAUUUCCCAUUACAAAGUCUUGUUUUCCUUUACUGAAAAAAGUAUCUGCUGUUACUUGUGAACAGAAUUAUUUGACACUUUUGGAUUCAGGCCUUAGCCAAGAUUUACUUUGCCAAGAUUAGUCUAACAAAGAAAGUUACUAAUUCAUGAAGAUUCAUUGCAAUUUGGAAGAUUUUCUUGUGGUCCUUGGAACAUAUGAGAAAUUAAAUAGGCCACAUAUUUUGUGAGAAACGAAUCCUUUUGCAUUCUUACUGCAUGACACAGAAAACAGAAAUAUUUUCUUCACUUUUUUGGCUGUCUCAUAAUUUGGACUGUAGCACAGAAAAUGUUCCUAAUCCAACCAUUUCAGGUUCAAAUCUACAGGACUUCUAACGGUAAGCCAUCAUGAACAUUUUUUCAGUCAGCCUUUUUGUACAUUCUUAUAGGUUCAGUUGGACAUAAUAGAAGCUGUAUACUUAUUUCUUUAAAAGUGGUCUACCCUGUGCCUCACAUCAAAAUUAUUUCACAUUCCAGAUAUUAUAAAGGUGCUUACAUAUUUUAACUUGAAUUUGCUGUCAGGAAAUUUUAAGCAACCAAAUGUUAAAAAUUCAGUGAAGAGCCACUCUUUAUGCAAGGAAUUUCCCCCCCCAAAUAUACUUGUGAAAUCUGCAUCUUUCUCUGAGAGGUUAUUUAUAAUUAUCCAUACACUAGCUUUGUUUUCUUCAUUGCACUUCCAUAUUCUUGUUUUUAAUUCUUGUAUCGUGGUUGCAAAUUUAUGU